AUGUUGAGCCGUUUGUCUUCCCCACAACUAUGUUCUCGCAUUGUAGUGGUCACUCGGGGAGUCGCUAGUGCAGGACAAGUCACGGCUCAUUCGUCGGAUAACAGCAUUGGCUUUUUCGAGAAGAUUUCCUACCGGUUCAAAGGAGUUCCUCUGCCAACAGAGACUGAAGCACCAAAGUCAAUGUUUGACGCUUGCAAUAAGGAAUGGUCGGCUCCUGAAUUGCUCCCCGCUGUUCCGAAGGAUUUCAAAGAGCAUCCAGAUCGUGAUUUGACCAACUAUCCGUACCCGUCGCGACCAAUGUACCCUCCAAAAACUCGUCUUCUGAUGAUGCCUGAUUCUUGGUUCACUGCAUUCCAAAAGGUUACUGGAACUUCUGGACCAUACCUUUUCUUCGGAGGAUUGUUCGCUUUCCUUGUCAACAAGGAGUUGUGGGUGUUCGAAGAGCAAGGUCACAUGACUGUUGGAUGGAUUCUUUUCUACCUCCUCGUAUCCAGAACAGCCGGGUAUAAAAUUGAUGCUGGGUUGUACAAGGAUUAUCAAGAUCGUGUUGGAUUCUUCAAAGGACUCAUUCAAGAAGAUCUCAAAGAAGCCGUCGAAUUCCGCAAGACUUCAGCACAGCAAACUGAAUCAUUGAAUGCGCUUAAAGAAAGUUUGCCAACUUCAUUCAAGGAAUCCAUGCAAUUACAGCUGGAAGCCGCUUAUAGAAAAAACGUCCAAAAUAUUUCUGGCGAAAUCAAGCGUCGCAUCGAUUACUUGAAGGAAACUGAGGAAACUAAAGCUAGAUUUGAACGCGACCAGCUCCUGAAACUCAUCAACGAGAGUGUCGAAAAGCAAGUUUCGCAAAAGGAUUUCCAAGAAAAAUUCCUCCAAAACGCCAUCCAACAGCUCAAGGGUAUUGCCGUCUAA